CGCCCUUGUAAUUUUCUAGCGGUAUGGGGAGACGCGAAAACGUCUGAUUCCCCAUGGGCAGGAUUUACUCUGGGGUUUGACAGAGCCUAGUGUGCCAUGUGAUACUUUAAAUGGUAUGGAGUACUUUGGCGGAUUUUUCGUUUGUCAAAGACGUGUAUGGGAGGAGUAUAUAGACUCGUGGAUAUCCUCACCACGACACGAUUUCAAUGAUCGGCACGGGCACUUCCUCACCAAACUUGGAUAAUCCUUUUGAGUUGAUCAUUGCCUAUAUUUCUUUUGUUACUAGACUGAUUGAACUCAUCCUCGUCGUUUCACGGCCAAUAUGGGCAGCGUAACUGAAGUUGGCCAUGGGCCAUCCCAUCGACCAUGGUGGAAGACGAGCCAUCUGGUGAAGCUCAACUCCAUCAUUCUAUCACUCGUUCUCUUUUCCUCAGCAAACGGCUACGACGGCGGCCUAAUGGGCUCCCUCCUCGCCCUCAACACCUGGAACACAUUCAUGCACCACCCCACCGGCGCAUAUCUCGGCUGGAUGACAGCAAUAUACUGGCUCGGCAACGGCCUCAGUACUCCCCUCGCAGCAUGGUGCUCCAACCGCUACGGCCGCAAGCCCGGUCUCUACGCAGGCUACUUCUUUCUUAUAAUCGGCGUCGGAAUGCAAGCUGGUGCACCGAAUGAAAAAGCUUUUACGUACGCUCGACUGUUCAUCGGUUUAGCUGCUGGCUUUUUGGGAAACUCUGCUCCUGUUCUUAUCAAUGAGAUUGCGUAUCCUUCGCAUAGGGCUAUCGCUAGUGCGCUGUUCAUGUGUGGAUGGUAUGUAGGCGGUACGAUCUGUGGAUGGGUCACCUUUGCGUGUCGUGUUAUUCCCAAUGACUGGUCUUGGCGCAUUCCCGUUUUACUACAGAUCUUCUUACCGCUUUGUGCGUUCCCGGGGUUUUUGAUGGCGCCGGAGAGUCCGAGAUGGUAUGUCAGUGUUGGACGAUUGGAGGAGGCGACGGAUGUUAUUGCGAGGUAUCACGCUGGAGGGAACAGGGAUGAUCCGAUUGUGAGUACGCAGAUGAUGGAGAUUGAAGCUGCUAUUACGGCGGAGAAGGAUGCUGCAAAGAGUGCGUCUUAUCUCGACAUGUUCAAGACCAAGGGAAACCGGCAUCGACUUUUUAUUUCGGUCACGCUGGGUUUUGUUGCUCAGUGGGCGGGCAAUGGUGUUGUUUCUUAUUAUCUGCCUCUUGUCUUGGACUCUGUUGGUUUGAAGACCACGACGGAGCAGACUCUUAUUUCGGCUUGUCUCAAUGUUUGGAAUCUUCUUUGGGCUACAGCCGCAGCAGUCAGUGUUGAUCGACUAGGUCGAAGAUUCCUGUUCUUGACUUCAGCGAGCGUCAUGUUUUUGUCAUUCGUUGUCGUCACUGCACUCAGCGCUUCAUUUGCCAAGUCUGGUGCUUCAUCAGUUGGAUUGGCUGUCGUGCCGUUCCUGUUCAUAUUCUUCGCCGGAUAUGAUGUCGGACUAACUCCAUUCCUUGUCGCAUAUCCUUGCGAGAUCUGGCAGUUCUCUCUCCGAUCUCGUGGUCUUACAGUUGCUUGGUGCACAACAGUCGCAUCAAUCUUCUUCAACACCUUUGUCAACGCCAUUGCCCUCGAUGCGAUUAAAUGGAAGUACUACAUCGUAUUCGCCAUUAUUCUCUUCAUUUUUAUCUUUGUCGUCUACUUUACUUAUCCCGAAACACGUGGACAUACACUGGAGCAAAUGGCUGUUAUUUUCGAUGGUGAAGAUGCAGUGCCAUCUCAGGCUGUUGCGUUGGAAAAGACUGAUGUUGAGGAGAAGGAAUAAUGAUUGGAGAGAUAAGAUAAGGCUUCUGAGUAAUCAAAACAAGCAUCGUCGAUCGUCGAUCUAAUGCUUUGGACUUCAAAUGAUUGGUCGAAUCUGAAUCUGAC